AUGAUUUCUCUGUUGAUUGACGUAGCGAAAGGGAUGGAUUACCUACACAACAGCGACAUCGGGUCGCACGGCCACCUACGAAGCAGCAAGUGUGUCGUUGAUUCUCGCUGGCACUGCAAGAUAACAGGCUACGGAUUGUCGGAACUUCGUCGUCGUCACAAUGUACAAUCACCGAAAGUUAAAGGAAAUUCAAUGUUAUACAUUGCUCCUGAACUACUGAGAACUUCCAUACAUUACAGAAAUUAUUACGGAACACGCAAGGGAGAUAUUUAUUCGUUUGGAAUUAUUUUACAAGAAGUCAUUAUUAUGGACAGGCCUUACGCUCUGGAAGUAAAGAAGAAAGUCAAACUGGCCACAAUUCUAGCUAAUGUCAGGUCCAAAAUAUUAGAAGUUCCAUACCGGCCAAGUUUAGGAGAGAAAUGCCCAAGAGAAUGGAGAAUGCUAGCGCACAUAUGCUGGAACGAAGAGCCGGAGAGGAGGUUUUCGUUUCAGCAGAUAUUAACAAUAUUGAGAAAGUUAGCGGGAACUGAUAAUUUAACCUUCGUGGAACGCCUGUCACAAAGGCUUGAGCAGAAUGUUUCUAAUUUAGGCAUCAUGGUUACAGAUUUGACGGCUCAUCUCGAAGUCGAAAGUGAAAAAGCGAGCAAUCUCCUGGGCUGUCUGCUGCCUAAAGCAGUGGCGGAUGAUUAUAUUUUAGGAAAAGCUUAUCAACCAAAAAUUUUCAAAAGUGUAACAAUAUUGUGCACUGACAUCAUGGGAUUCACAAAAAUAUCGGCUAAAAGUACAGCCAGGCAAACUGUUGACUUCUUGAAUGCACUUUACAGUUCGUAUGAUGCCAUUGUAAAAACUAGAGACGCAUACAAAUUAGAAACGAUUGGCGACGCCUACAUCGUCAUCAGUGGCUGCCCAGAAAAAAACGGCGACCAGCACGCUUCAGAAAUCGCUGGAGUGGCUUUGGAUCUGUUUGAAGUUUUAAAAACGCACACCAUACCUCAUCUGCCAGAUGAAACUAUAAAAUCCAGAGGAGGAAUCCACUCUGGCCCUAUCAUUGCAGGAGUUGUUGGACUGAAGGUUCCAAGAUUUUGUGUUUUCGGCAAGACAUACGACAUUGCCGAAUUGAUGGAGAGUUCCAGCAAGGCCAACAUGAUUCGAAUCAGCUCGACUUCUGUUAAUUUGUUGCCCAAUGCAAAGUUCAAACUGUCAUCUAUGGAAAAUAUUUUGAUGCCUGAUAAAAAAUCUUCUAUAGAAACUUAUUUUUUGUUGGGGAAGACCUAGAAAUUAUUGUAAUUAUAUUCCUUCGACAGUUUUUUACGACAUUGCCUUGAAAGUGUAUUAUUAACUUGAUUGAAUUUGCAAAAUAUUAAUGAUCAGUAUUUA